UGGAUCUUUCGUCACCUAUUGUGCUUCAAAGGUCUAACUCGUCGUUCAAUUUGAGUUUGAGACUCCUCUUACUCUCGCUCCACUGUUUACACAACAAAGCCAUGGCUGCAUUUAGAAGAUUAUUGCCCACAAACAGAAGUAUUUUACCAUCAACUUCUGCAAUCUUCCUUUCUCACAGAGGCGUAGCUUCUAAGCUCUUUGUUGGAGGACUCUCAUUUUACACCACAGAGAACGGACUGUCAGAGGCAUUUUCUCAACAUGGUCAAGUUAUCGAAGCUAAAAUUGUGAUGGAUAGAGUCUCAGACAAAUCCAAGGGUUUUGGAUUUGUCACCUAUGCAUCCGAAGAUGAAGCCGAGAAGGCCUUGCAAGAAAUGAACGGCAAGCCUCUUAAUGGGCGGGUUAUUUUUGUGGACUACGCAAAGCCUAAAGCCGAUUUUGGUGGCGGCAUGCCGAUAACCAGAGGCCCCCCUGAACCACCAACAGAACACUAAGUGUUGCUGCAGCCAAAUUGUGUUAUGAAACAGACCACUCUGUGUGCUGCCAAAGUUGCAACCCUUGCUCUUGCAAAUGAUUAAUCUGCAGAGAAUUUGUUUUCUCUCUUGCCCAACGAAAAUAUAAGCCAUGUGCAGUCAAAAUUGGUUGUGUUUCAAGGAUAAUUGUAAUGACUGACUGCAAGAUUGGCUCAAUAUGAAAAUCUUCUAUCAUUAUCUACGUCAAAUGUUAUAUAUACUAUUACAAGAUGUGCUCCGAACACCGGCUCAAUUGGUU